AUGGCCGACUCGGACGUCCCCAUCGUCAUCGACAAUGGAACAGGAGUGAGCUCGGAUGGCCCCGCUCGAUCCCUAUGAACGCGCACCGAGUCGUGUCCCGUCUAUAACCCACAGUUUGUCAAAUGCGGUUAUGCGGGAUCGAGUCAGUCUCCCCAUCCCGGAUCGGCCAGUCGGUGACCCCACCCCUCCCCCCAGCUAACCAACACACGACCGAGCCUGUCCCUCCUCGCGCGCAGACUUCCCCUCGCACACGUUCCCAUCCUUGAUCGGUCGACCGAUCCUCCGUACCGAGGAACGCGGCUCGACCACCGAGACGGCCAACAUCACCGACAUCAUGGUCGGCGACGCCGCGUCCGAGUACCGCUCCUACCUCCAACUGACCCAACCGAUGGAACACGGCAUCGUGCGCAACUGGGACGACAUGAAACUCAUCUGGGACCAUGCCUUUUACAAGUUGCAGAUCGACCCGAGGGGGAAGAGUAUCCUGCUGACGGAUCCGCCGAUGAACCCGGUCAAGAACAGGGAAAAGAUGUGCGAGAUCAUGUUCGAUCACUACGGAUUCGACAAGGUCUACAUCUCCGUUCAGGCCGUUCUGACUUUGUAUGCCAAGGGUGAGUAUGGGACGUGCUCUGUUCGAUCAACGAACGCAUUGCUCUCGCUGACACCGAGCUAUGCUUUUUUGGCCGCAGGUCUCGACACGGGAGUCGUCGUCGACUCGGGGGACGGAGUGACCCACAUCGUCGCCGUCAUCCACGGCGCGAUCAGUCCCAACUGGAUGAAACGUCUCGACGUCGCCGGCCGAGACGUCACGCGCUACCUCAUCAAACUGUUGCUCAUGCGCGGGUACGCGUUCAACCGUACCGCCGACUUUGAGACCGUUCGACAGAUCAAGGAGAAGCUUUGUUAUACCAGGUGCGCGGGCGGGCCUGGGCUUUCGAUUAUUUCUCACCUCCAUGACUGAUGAUUCUAGCCACUCGUGUGUUUAGCUACGAUCUCGACCUUGACAAGCGGCUGUCGGACGACACGACGACGCUAAUCGAGAACUAUACCGUCGGUCCCUCCCCACGAUUCGAGUCCUUCAACUCGUUCCGAAACUCCGAACUGACUGACUCCUACCCUCGAAUCCUUUCCCCCAGCUCCCCGACGGUCGCGUCAUCAAAGUCGGUUCGGAGCGUUACGAAGCUCCGGAAUGCAUGUUCCAACCUCACCUCGUCGACGUCGAACAAGAAGGCGUCGCCGAAAUGCUCUACAACACCAUCCAAGCCGCACCGCUCGAUAACCGUGCCGACCUGUUCAAACAUAUCGUUCUUUCCGGCGGUUCGACCAUGUACCCUGGUUUGCCGAGUCGUUUGGGCAAGGAAUUGAAACAGUUGUAUUUGGCGAGAAAGUUGAUGGGUAACCCGGCGCGCUUGAAUGUAGGUCGUCCGAAUCCCCGUCGGGAACCAGAGUUCGGCGAAGGGGGCAACUGAGUUGGUGUGACUUUUUGACAGGACUUCCAAUUACGAAUCGAAGAUCCACCAGAACGUAAGCACUCUGUAUUCGUGGGAGGUGCUUCGUUGGCCAAGGAUUUGCACGAGAAGGACGUGUCGAACGUACGCUGGUAAGUUCAGUUCGGCUCACAUCUUUUUUCUCGGAUCGCGAGGUGGUUGCCGACGAGUGCUGAUCAUGACUGGUGAUGGCGAGGAAACAGGAUCUCCAAGGCCGAAUGGCAAGAAAAGGGGGUAAGGGCACUUGAUAAAUGGGUUGCGCAGUUGUAG